AUGGUACUGGAAGCUACAGUUUUGAUCGUGGAUAACUCCGAGUUCUCCAGGAAUGGUGACUUCCCAAGAACAAGAUUCGAAGCGCAGAUCGACGCAGUGGAGUUCCUCUUUCAAGCGAAGAGGAACGGUAACCCCGAGAACUCAGUAGGCCUAAUCUCGGCUGCCGGUACAAACCCUCAGGUUCUUUCAACAUUCACGUCGGAGUUUGGCAAAAUUCUGGCGGGAUUGCAUGACACGACUAUCGGGGGCAAAGUCCGACUGAGUACGGCGAUCCAGAUCGCGGCACUUACUCUGAAGCAUCGACAAAACAAAGUACAGCACCAGCGGAUUAUCGUGUUUGUGUGCAGCCCUGUGACGGAUGACAGGGAAGAGCUCAUAAAGCUCGCCAAGAGGCUGAAAAAGAAUAAGAUCGCAGUGGAUGUGGUAAAUUUUGGCGAGACCGCUGCCAACACGGCUAUUUUGGAAGAGUUUGUGCAGGCCGUGAAUAACCCUCAGGAAGAGAGCAGUCACAUCGUCUCGGUGGCUCCGGGCCCAAGGCUGCUCUACGAGCACGUCGCUGCUUCUCCCGUUGUUCUAGAGGAGGGUGCAGAGCCAGGUUUUGGCGGAGCCGGAGCUUCAGGCCUUGGCGGUGAGGAUUUCAUGGACUUUGGAGUUGACCCCUCGAUGGACCCAGAAUUGGCUUUGGCUUUGCGCCUAUCAAUGGAAGAAGAACAAGCUAGGCAGGAGAGGCUUAGACAGGGGCAAGACGGUGGAGCAAAGAAGGAGGAAUCAUCCAGUGGUUAG